GCCCGCACGCAGACCCAGCAGAUGAUGAAGUGCGCUCGUGACGCUCGCCGUCUGAAGAUCCAGCGAUAUUUCCAUUGACUAGCAGCGGCUGAUGAGCUCGCAGCUGAGCCAUGAUGACUGACGUGAUGAUCAGCGCCACACCGAUGGACGACAUGAGGCUCAGUCCCAGCAAAGACCGGCUGACCUUCCAGAUCUUUCCGGAUCCCUCAGACUUCGAGCGCUGCUGUAAGCUGAAGGACCGUCUGCCGUCUAUCGUGGUGGAGCCGACGGAGGGCGAGGUGGAGAGCGGGGAGCUGCGCUGGCCUCCUGAGGAGUUCCUGGUGAGCGAAGAGGAGGAGGAGGAGGAGGAGGAAGAGUGCGAUGGAAACCUGCAGAACGAACAGAUGCAGAACUCUCAGCAUUAGAGAGA